AUGGGAGUCAAUCUGUUAAGUGUCACUUUGUCUGAAAUGUUUUGGAUAUUAUGUUUGCUCCUGGUCUUUAAUCCUUCCUCGGCCUUAUUCUUUGGUUCGAAUUGUGGAUGUCAGCCGACUCCAUGUCCAGCGACUCCCCAAUGUCCCUCUCAAUGUCCAGUCCCUCCCCCUUGUUCAUGUGGUGGGACCCCUCCAAGUAACGCUGUUCCUUCAUAUCAAGCCACUCAGUUUGUGGCCCAAUAUCCAUAUCAAACAUCUGUCAACUCCCAGCCUGUCCAGGUUAAUCCCAGUCCAGUUCAAGUUCAGCCAGUUUUCCCCGCUCAGGCUUCUUAUAUCAAUCCUCAUCCUUAUGAUAGAAUUGCUUCUCGUAGAAUAUCUGUAUCGUCAUCUAUUUAUGCAAAUGGCCAAGUUUUCCCAUCAGGACAGUAUAAUCAAAUCAACGAACCUUACGACCAAAGGGUGGAGCCAGCGAACAGAGAAAAUGAAGAAUUUGAUGGACAACAGUCAACUUAUACUGGACAACAAGCUAUCUACGAUGGUGAGGAAGGAAGAGUGGCUGACAAUGAGGACACAACUAUUGCAACGACUGUAUAUAACACGGAAGGAAGUUAUGAUCCUACCACCUCUGACUACAAUACAGGUACAACUGCGACGACUUUUGUAAUAACUACUACCGAAGUCCCAUACCUCAGAGUCAAUGACAAUGAGUACGAUGUAAACACGGCUACUGCUUCGACUUAUCAGACUCCAACUCAAAAUUAUAGGUCAACCCCUGAAACUCAAGGCUAUGAAUCCAAACCAGUGCAAGACAAUGAGUACGGUAAGAGUAAUGUGAACUCGAUUCAUGACCACGAAUACUCCCCUCCUUCAUCCCCAGCCCCACCUAGUCAGGAACCAUAUGAAGAAGAGGAUCACAACUCUAAUUACAUUCCUGAACCUGCACAAAUAUAUCAAGAGACGAAUGUAAGUUAGACGAGUAAUAUUACGACAAAGAUUAUAGUACUACGAAACCACAUCAUCAUCCCCAACUGUCGUAACGCCCACCACAAUUCCAGCAGGCUUCUUUUCGAAAGAAGAAGACAAUGGAUACGAAAGUGAUGGCAAUAGCAACGAUAACAACAAUAAUAAUAUUAACAAUAUUAACAACGAUAACAACAGUAAUAAUGUCAUCCAGCCAGGGUACAAACCCCCGCCUGGUGUUGAAUUGGGGAUUAUAGUUCCUCAGGACCAAAUUGAAGUGACCGCUUCUCCCAAACCAGAUUAUGAUGAUGAUUACGUGAAUCCCGCAUUCCUUGGAGAGGCAGUUACUGUUCGGUCCCGUGACGAAAACUACAAGACCUUUGGCAUUACGUUUUGUCCCAUGGCCAAGGAGGAUUAUAUUAUUCAGUGA